GGCGCCAGCCCCAAGCAGGGAGGGUAACAUUUGACUGACGGACGUAAUCCUCCCCCGCAGCGGAGUGCUUUUGAUCCGCCGGAUGGGGGUGCUGGCGGCGGGGUUCCCGAGCCGAGGGUUGCUUGGCCGUGCGAGCGGUCGCGCUCUCCCGGCCCCGGAGCUUUUCCCCGGGUGAGGGCGCUCGGGGCCGGCGCGGCGCGGCACGCUGAGCUGAGCUGGGGAGGCGGCGAUGCAGCGAGCGAGGGAAGCAGCCACGCGAAUCUCUGUAUCCGGCUUCGGGCUGAGGCGGCGACCAUAGCGCGGAGGGAGCGGGAAGGGAGGGGAAGCGGCGGCGGGAGGUGCCGCCUGCGCCCGGGCUGUGGAGGUGCUGAAAAGGAGGGCUGCAGCAGCUCCCAGAAGCAGGCUCGAGGACAUUUCCCCCUCACCCCUACAGGAGCUUUACAAUUUCAGCUGCCAGAUCUGUGGAGGAGAGAGACUUUCGCACAGCCCCCCCCUUCCCAAUCUUAAAUAUACAAAAAGCGGAAGAAGAGCCAGCAGCAGGGGAAGGGGGUGGAGGGGAACGGCAAUAUUGUUGCAGCUAUAGUGGCAGAGGCUGAUGGCGGAGUUUGGCAGUCGGGGUGCUGCCACUGGUAGCACCAGGGGCGGGGGCCUUCCCUCGUCUCCGGGUCCUGUCCAGGGGAAGGUGGCUUUCAAGGCAGGAGACGGGGAAGGAGGAGGCGGCGGCGGCAGAUCCUGUGUUGACAGUGCAGGCGACGGGGUCUCCAAUGGGGACUGCGCUCUGGUGGGAGACGAGACAGGAUCAGCCCAGCUCGGCAGCCCCGGCAGCAAAGCGAGAGGAUGUUCCACCGUGCAACAGAGGGAAAGCAAAUCCGGCAUCCCCCGGAGGAGCAGUAUCAUCAAGGAUGGUACAAAACAAAAGAGAGAACGGAAGAAGACUGUGUCAUUUAGCAGCAUGCCAACUGAGAAGAAGAUCAGUAGUGCAAGUGACUGUAUUAAUGCAAUGGUUGAAGGCUCUGAGCUCAGAAAGUUUCGGUCCAACUCUAGAGUUUAUCACCGGUACUUUCUUUUAGAUGCAGAUAUGCAGUCCCUGCGUUGGGAACCUUCAAAGAAGGAUUCGGAAAAAGCAAAGAUUGAUAUUAAAUCAGUCAAAGAAGUGAGAACAGGAAAAAAUACAGAUAUAUUCCGCAGCAAUGGAAUUUAUGACCAGAUAUCAGAAGACUGUGCAUUUUCUAUUAUUUAUGGAGAUAACUAUGAGUCUCUAGAUCUCGUUGCUAACUCAGCAGAUAUUGCAAACAUUUGGGUAACUGGGCUAAGAUACCUAAUUUCUUAUGGAAAACAUACACUAGAUAUGAUAGAAAGUAGCCAAGAUAAUAUGCGGACUUCAUGGGUUUCACAAAUGUUUAGUGAAACUGAUGUAGAUAAUUUUGGACAUAUAGCCCUUUAUAAAGCUGUUCAGUUUAUAAAAAAAUUAAAUCCGGGUUUAAAAACAAGUAAAAUUGAGCUGAAGUUCAAAGAGUUACAUAGAUCCAAGGACAAAACUGGUACUGAAGUCACAAAGGAAGAAUUUAUUGAAGUUUUCCAUGAGCUUUGUACCCGACCUGAGAUCUACUUCUUAUUGGUUCAGUUUUCCAGCAAUAAAGAAUUCCUAGAUACCAAGGACCUUAUGAUGUUUUUAGAAGCAGAACAGGGAAUGGCACAUGUCACAGAAGAAAUAAGCCUUGAAAUUAUUCACAAAUAUGAACCAUCAAAAGAAGGCCAGGAAAAGGGCUGGCUCUCAAUAGAUGGUUUUACUAAUUAUCUUACUUCACCUGACUGUCAUAUAUUUGAUCCAGAGCAUAAAAAGGUUUGUCAGGAUAUGAAACAACCUUUAUCCCAUUAUUUCAUAAACUCAUCUCACAAUACAUACUUGAUAGAGGACCAGUUCCGAGGUCCAUCUGAUAUCACAGGAUAUAUUCGUGCUCUUAAAAUGGGUUGCCGAAGUGUUGAAUUGGAUGUAUGGGAUGGUCCAGAUAAUGAGCCUCUAAUUUAUACAGGACAUACAAUGACAUCACAGAUAGUCUUCCGCAGUGUAAUUGACAUUAUUAACAAGUACGCAUUUUUUGCUUCAGAAUACCCUCUUAUUCUGUGUUUAGAAAAUCAUUGUUCUAUUAAGCAGCAGAAAGUUAUGGUUCAACACAUGAAGAAAAUUUUGGGCGACAAGCUACACACACAGUCUCCAAACAUAGAAGAGUCUUAUCUUCCCUCACCUGACUCACUUAAAGGGAAAAUACUAAUUAAAGCAAAGAAGCUUUCCUCUAAUUGCUCUGGGCUAGAGGGAGAUGUUACAGAUGAAGAUGAAGGAGCAGAAAUGUCACAAAGAGUAGGGAAAGAGGGUGCAGAACAACAAAACACUGUGAUAGUGAAACGAUUUCAGCUUUGCAAAGAGCUUUCCGAAUUGGUAAGCAUAUGUAAAUCAGUUCAGUUCAAAGAGUUUCAAGUCUCAUUUCAGCUCCAGAAAUACUGGGAAGUUUGUUCAUUUAAUGAAGUGCUUGCUAGCAAAUAUGCCAAUGAAAAUCCAGGAGAUUUUGUAAAUUACAACAAACGUUUUCUUGCCAGGGUUUUUCCUAGCCCUAUGAGGAUUGACUCUAGUAAUAUGAAUCCCCAGGAUUUUUGGAAGUGUGGCUGUCAGAUAGUAGCCAUGAACUUUCAGACACCUGGCUUAAUGAUGGAUCUUAACAUUGGUUGGUUUCGACAAAAUGGAAAUUGUGGCUAUGUCCUUCGUCCUGCCAUCAUGCGAGAGGAAGUAUCCUUCUUCAGUGCAAAUACAAAAGAUACAGUGCCUGGAGUUUCACCUCAGCUUCUUCACGUUAAAAUUAUUAGUGGGCAAAACUUUCCUAAACCCAAAGGGUCAGGUGCCAAAGGUGAUGUUGUAGAUCCUUAUGUAUAUGUAGAAAUUCAUGGAAUCCCAGCAGACUGUGCAGAAAAAAGGACAAAAACUGUGCAUCAAAAUGGAGACAAUCCAAUUUUUGAUGAAAGUUUUGAAUUUCAAAUUAAUCUUCCUGAACUAGCUGUCAUGCGUUUUGUAGUACUAGAUGAUGAUUACAUUGGGGAUGAGUUUAUUGGGCAGUACACUAUUCCCUUUGAGUGUUUACAGACAGGCUAUCGGCAUGUUCCACUGCAAUCUUUAACUGGAGAAAUUUUAGCACAUGCUUUCUUGUUUGUACAUGUUGCCAUUACUAAUCGAAGGGGUGGUGGGAAACCUCAUAAACGGGGCCUUUCAGUGAGGAAAGGAAAGAAAUCCAGGGAAUAUGCUUCUAUGAGAACAUUAUGGAUUAAACCCAUAGAUGAAGUAUUCAAGAAUGCUCUCCAGCCUAUACGGGAUGCCACGGAUCUGAGAGAAAAUAUGCAGAAUGCAGUAGUUUCAUUCAAAGAAUUAUGUGGCCUUUCUCCUGUAGCAAAUCUUAUGCAGUGUAUUCUGGCAGUGUCUACCCGCUUGGUCGGACCUGAUAGUACACCCUUGGUACUACUGAAUCUCAAUGAUCAGUAUCCCACUAUGGAGAUCCAAGGGACUGUUCCAGAGGUCUUGAGAAAGAUUGUAACUGCAUAUGACAUGCAUCUGACACUGUUUUUAAUGUGCGGUGAAUGUAAAAAUUAAUACCUCUUACCUCAUGCAAAUUCACAAGACUUUGUAUUCGUGUAUAUAAAUAUGUUAGAAAUGUACCUGUUUAUGCAUUAACUUGUAACUUUUUGCAUAUUGAUCUCUUUUUCACAUGUGCACAGUGAUUUGUUACAUUACAUUUUUGAAUUUAUAGAGCUGUAGUUCUUUUCAUCAUUGAUUCAAAGAGUAGAAAAUGUUAAUGUUUUUAGGAACUGUAAUCUUAUGAGCAGCAUGAUACUGUUGAAAUCCGCACAUUUUUUUUCAUAUAUAUAAUAUAUAUAUGCUGCAUCUCUCCUGUAUGUUUUAUUUAUUUUGGCAGUUGUGCAUUCUAUAAUCAACUCUAAUUUUCACUUUAGUUGUUAUAAGCUUCAGCAAAUCUGUAAAUGGUGUCUUUAGAAACUAGAAAUAUUCAGAAAUACAUAAAAAAUUCAAAAGUAUACUGCAUGGGGAAAGAAAGAACUGUGUAAAAAAAGACUAAACGAUAUGAAUUCUGUAGCAGAGUGAUGAAUUAUGAAGUUUACAUUAUGUAUAUGUAAGGAGGAAAAUCAACCGACCAACAGUUUAAAACCUCCACCUGAUUUCAGUUGCAGAAAUAUGGCAUGGGGAAGAGACAACCUGUCACAUAGGGUUAGAGCUUUUGAUUUUUUAAAAUGAACUCCUCUAAAAUUGGAAUAUGAUGAUAUGUAGAUAUUCUCUUCCAGGAUUUUUCUAUUAGUUUUGUGUUUUCAAACAAAACAGCUCAACUGUUUCCCUUUUUAAAAAAAUUAGAAAAUCAAACCAUUAACCUAGGAUCUGAAAAUAUGUACAUGGAGUUACAUUUUAGAGCUAAUUUCCUGGCACAAAUAGCUUUGGAAUAGUAACCAUACCAGACCCUUCAUACUUAGAGGAGCUCAUACAGUAGCACUGUUUGUAGAAAGAAAAAUUAGUUAACUAGGAGUUCAAGUAGGACUAUGGGAUCCGUACAUGGCUCAGUGAUGAAAACACAGGUGCAGUUUGGUUUAAAUGAUACUGUACUGUGUAAUUACUGUAAGAUUAGGAUAUUAUAGUACAAGGUGUUCUUAAUUAUUGGGAUUACAGAUAAAUCACAGAUAAAAUGAACCUCUGUUGUUGUCGAUGGAAAAUGUGUCUAAGGGUAUGUCUACACUACGAGAGUAGUUCGAUUUUACUUAAAGCGAAUUUGUGGAACCAAUAUUACAAAGUCGAACGUGUGUAUCCACACUAAGGACAGUAAUUCGACUUUGAGA